CCCACACACACAAAGUGUUCUCUCAUCACAAACAACUCGCUUCUGACUCUCCCGUUGAAACUUUAUUUUCGGACAAGAGCCUUUCAGACCUUCGGACCGGUUACCUGCAAACCAUCAGUUGUAGCCUCACUUUGCUUCUUUCUGCCUUGCUUAAAGGUACCUGGACAAAUUUGCUGCCGCAAACUGACCGGGGUUCUACUAUACAAGCUACAAGCCAUAAAGUUGCUUUACAUCAUCAGCGACAUCAUCAGGUAAGAACAGGAGUUGGGCUGAGUGGUAGCUCGUGAGUAAAUGGCGGACUGGAGUCUACUGGGAAACUUCCUGGAGGAAGUACAAGAACACUCCACCUCUAUUGGCAAGGUGUGGUUGACCAUCCUAUUCAUCUUCCGCAUUUUGGUUCUGGGGACGGCGGCUGAGUCGUCUUGGGGUGACGAGCAGGAAGACUUUAACUGCGACACGGAAACGCCCGGCUGUGAGAACGUUUGCUACGACAGAGCCUUCCCCAUUGCACAUAUACGUUACUGGGUUCUCCAAAUUGUGUUCGUGUCGACACCCAGUUUAGUCUACAUGGGCCACGCCAUGCACACGGUGCGCAGGGAGGAAAAGCGACGCAACCAGGAGGAGAACGAAGGAGGCGAGGAUGACAACGACGACCCGGGAGGGGGUCAAGAAGACGAGGAAGAAGGUGGCAAAGAUGCGGGGAAAGGCAAGAAAGCAACGUCCUCUGGCAGGGUGCGCCUGAAGGGGGCGCUGCUGCAGACAUACGUGCUGAGUAUCUUCAUCAGGAGCAUCAUGGAGGUGGUGUUCCUCUGCCUGCAGUACUUCCUGUAUGGAAUAUUCCUCCACCCUCUCUAUGAGUGCAAGACUUGGCCGUGUCCACACACGGUCAACUGUUUCGUGUCGAGGCCCACGGAGAAGAAUGUCUUCAUCGUGUUCAUGUUGGCUGUGUCGGGCGUUUCUUUGGUGCUCAGCAUGCUAGAGUUGCACCACCUAGCCUGGAAACACUGCUGCAGACUCAUUUUGGCGUCAAAGAAGGCGGUGACCGCCAUGGAGUCAUCCCAGUCCAAACAGGUCUCGCUGUCUCCACCCCCGCCACUGCCACCGCCGUCCACGCCGCCUCCCGACUUCAGCCAGUGUGUGAUCGGCUCCUCGCACUUCCUGGCGCUUCCCUUCCCCAACCACCGGCUGGCCCACCAGCAGAACUCAGUCAACAUGGCCGCCGAGCAGCACAAGAUGGCGGCCGUAGGGCGCGACCAUGAGGGCCUGCUGAAGCAGAUGAGUUGCUACUCAGCCGGCUGGCGCAAUGCCACCGACGUGGCUGCGUACUACGAUGCCGCCGGCUGCCUACAGAUCCAAAAUGCUGGCGCUGAGCGUCUGCUUCUAUGUGCCAAUGCCGAGGCUGAUGUCACGUGCCACAAGGACAAACGACGACUCAGCAAAACCAGCGGCGCAAGCAGCCGAACGCGAGCCAACGAUCUCUCCAUCUGACAACGGAAGCCUUUCAGCUUCUAUCUAACAACUCGUGACGCACAGAAGCUACACUGGAGUCGUUCAUUUGGAAGGCUUGGAGGAGCAUUCCGCUCAUUAUAAAACAAACUUGAGUGAGAAUGGUGGCAAUCAGUGACGUCAAAAGGUUUUUUUUGGUUCUUUUUAGCUUUUAAGACAAACCAAAGGGGAUGCAAGUAGGUCAGCAAGUAACACACACUAACACGAUUGUCUCACAAAAGGUCAAUGAUAAGGACGUGCAGUUGGUAAAACAGAACAGUGCGGGAAAAAUGAAAUGAGUUCAUUUUUGUAAUAUUACGACUUUUUACGACACUGAUUAUUUUGAGAUUAUAUUGAGAUUUGGAGGUGUUUUUAUGUACAAAAAAAGUAUGUGAUAUUACUUAACAAUAUUACGGAAAUGUAUUGCUGCAACACCAGAAAAAAACAAAAUAUUCAUAAUUUCAUUCAUCUUCUGUACUGUUUAUCCUCAGGAGGGUUGCACUGGUGCUGGAGCCUAUCCCAGCUAAGUAUGAGCAGGAGGCAGGGUGCAUACUGAACUGAUUGCCAGCUAAUCACAGGGCACAUCACUAUAAUAUUUUUAAGGAUUGAUGCGUAUACAUCUGUAGAAUAUACCCACCAAAUGUCACUUCGUUCAAGGCACGAAUAAAGGGGGAGUUGCAAUUUAAUUCCACAAUUCAUUAAUUUAAUUAAUCAGCCCUGAGACAAAAAAAAUAAAAAAUCCAGCUCCAAGGAUCGAUGCGUAUUCAUGCCUCGAAUAUACCUACUAGAUUUCAUUUGAUCAGUGCACAAAUAAUGGAGGAAUAGCAGUUUUAGUUACCUCGAAUUCACACUGCCUGCAGUUCAGACAAGAUUGGCUGCGUUCAUAUAGCGUUGUAUCAGUGCCACUAUUUUGUGCGAGCAAUGAUAGAUUUUGAGCACAACAAAAAUAGAUUUUGAGCACAGAAAAAAAUAUUGAGCGAGCAAUUAAAGAUUUUGAGCAAGCAACAAUAGAUUUUGAGCACAAAUUAAUGUUGAGCAUAGAAAAAAUUGUGUUUGCAUUUUAGUUUUACACGCUCAAUUCCCCCCUCCCGCUCUAUCUGUCGACCCCUGCGCUAGCUGGGUUUUUUUCUAUGCGCGCUCAGUUUGGCACACACGUUACAAAUGUGCCACGGAGCCAACCAAUCAGAGAGCUGGCGGAAGUACACCGAUUGGCGGUUUGCCCUACAAUCAGAUCACUUGUUACAUUCGCCCGGAAAUAUCAAAGUAGACGGACUUGGACGGGAGAAGGAUGACUUCUUUUAUUCUUUUAAUUUAUAUUUCAUUAUUUGUUGCCUGAUAAAACAACAGAAAAAUCAUUUAGGCUAGGUUCAUACCGCAGUCUGAAUGGGCACGCCAAAAAAAACAGAUAUGACAAAAAAUCGGAAUUGUGCAUUAAGACCUGCAGUAUGAACCUAGCCCAGUGUCUGAUAGUACAUCAGUGUUGUUUUCGUCAACGAUGACGACAACGAAAAUAUUUUGUUGCUCUCUGCUUACGUAAUUGCUGCAUGAAUUCCGAAUUGGGAGACUUGACAGUUCAGACCGCCGCCACAUUCUGAGAAAAUGUGGCCCAGAUCGUAUUUAAACCACAUAUGAAAGUGACCCAGAUCGGAUUCGAAAUGGUCCACUUCUAUUCGACUUGUCCCGUUCAGACCGUCAAGUAAAUGCCUCACUCGAGUCGGAAAAACACGAAAAAAACGGAUUUGUGCAGUAAGACCAGCGGUAUGAACCUAGCCUAAGACUAAUAAGUACAGUAUUUAAUUCAAUUCGAUUUAUUCACACAGAUUCGUAUUUACAAAGUGUACAUCGUAUCAUCGUAUUAUCAUCCAAAAGAGUAGCACAAACGCAACCGGUAGAAAUUGACCUGAGAAAUUUUCUUAGUCGUCACGCUUCGAGUCGCAAAUGCAGGCAGUGGGAAUUCAGGGUUGGUGUCCUCUUAAAGAACAAACUGAGAAUUUGAGACCUCCCCCAGGCAGUCUAAAAAUUCACUUUUCACAUGUUUAAUCAAAACAACUCUCAUGUUUUCACUUAAUGAAUUCCACGUUUUUACCCGAUUUGUUUGACGUUACCGGAUGGCAAAUUUCACACAUCAUGACUGUCCGAGAGAAUAGAUUUGUUUUGUUUUUUGCCAAAUAAACAAGUUAAAGUUCAAGGUAGAUUGUGAUUCAGCACAAGAGAUUAUUAUUAUUGACCCCCAAAUUUCUACUCAAAAAUCAAAUACUAUUAUAAUAUGGCAACUUUUCCCCAAAAAUCAUCAUUCUUGUAAUAUUAUUACUCUUUUGGAAUAAAACACCGUUGUGAUUGUAUUUUCUUUUUUGUACCAUAUUACAAUAUUACAUGCAAGUAUUGUGCUCGUUUUGGCCUCUGUUACUUUAAAAUGUGAUUACUGAAGUCAACAUAGACCAACAGAACACAAGCAAAGCGGGAGUGAGUACCUGCAAACAAUAGAAAAAAUGGGUCUUACCCUUUUUUUGGAUGACGCUGUUAUAGGACAAUAAAUUGCAUCUUUGCUAUAUGGUUGAUUGGAGAAGACAUAACAGAUGUGCCUCGAUGAGCAAACGCAUGCCUCUGCUGAGCAGCUGAUGAUGUCAAACUUGAAUGAGCUUGAACAUUUUGACAUUUCUAGAUUAUUUAGUAUUUUUUUUGUUGUUGUUGUUUCUUCAGAGAUAUUUUGACUACCAUGCAUUAUGUAUUAUUAGUAUAGUCAUCACACAAUCUUACAGCACCAGUUAUUCAUUAAAAAAUAUUUGGAAACAGUUCUUUCUCUGUUAUAUAUAUGCCAAAAUAUUACUGCUCUAUUUUGUUUGAAAAAAAAAGACAUUCCUCCAAUUUAGUUUUUUUUCUUUUUAUUCAUUUUUUAAAAAAUUGUUUUUCUUUUUAUCUGUUAUUCUAUAUUUUAAAACAAAACAGCUAGUUUUCUUCUUUUGUGGUGGAAACGACCUGUGGAAACAUUUUCAUGGGGCUUUAUCAAGAAUUUGGGGGGCGGAUUCAAAAAAAAAAAAAAAUGAUUUGGUUUUUCGCAUUGCAAUGCAGUGUUAAUUAUUCACGGUUUGGGCUUAGAACACCCCCCAGGAAAUGAUGGUAGUCCACUGUAUUCCUAUUUUCUUUCAUUCUUAUAAAAAAAAAAAAAGUUUGUAAUAGGAUUUUCUAUGGCGAACUUCUAAACAGUAAAAAUAUUGUAUUCAAUCCCCCCCCCCCUUUUUUUUUUAGACGUGUGCGCAAGACGGUCAAGUAAAUGGACUGCAGUAUAACAUAUCCAAAACACAUUUUUUAAAAAUAUUGUGUUACUGUUACCAUAAUUAUUACACAUUACAUAUUUUUUGCCGACCUUUUUAUUGUGUUCCACAAUAAAGAAAUUAUUAUUAUUAAAUUGUCAUC